CCUCCUUCCUUCCUUCCUUCUCUUUCUUAGUUUCUUGACUAUAUAUAUCUGUAAGAUUUCCAUUGGGAAGCCAUUAUUCUUCUUUCCUCUCAAGAGACAAAACCUUCCAAUCCUAACCAUCCCUGUUUCCUUCUUUGUUAUCCUGAUAACCAUGAUUAGUAUAUCUUCUGUUGUAACAUUUCUUUGUACUUCUCACAAGACCAAGAAGUCCUCACAUAAACCAAAUGAUGAAAACUCUUCUUCUUCUUCAUCAUCUUCGUCUUCUUCUUCAUCUUCUUCUUCUUCACAGUCUGCAAGUGAGAAAAGGCUCCUUUCUAAGCUGAAUAGUAACAUUAGCAGUAAGGCUCUUCUGGUGGUGAAGAUGAUUUCUUGGAAAAAGUUGCAUGAAGAAGAGGAUCAUGAAGAAGAUGAGAGUGAAGAAGCAGUUUGGAAGAAGACAAUCAUGAUGGGUGAACGGUGUCGUCCACUUAACUUUUCGGGGAAGAUUGAGUAUGAUUGUCAAGGAAAUCUUGUUCCUGAAUCAGGUCGUCUCGAUCGGAGUGGUUAAAUUGCUCCUUUCGAAAAUUUUAUGAGGUUUUCACGUCCAUUGUCUCAACUUCUUCACCAGGAUAUUAAGCUUUCUAAUUUCUGUGCUUUAAGUUUUCUUUCUUUCUGUUUUUCCUUCUUCUUGAGCAAAACAAUCUAAUUUCAAGUCCUUGAAACUUUUUGUGCUUAAAAGGUGUCUGAAUUCUUAUUUUUUUUAUAAAAUUAACCCACUUUCCAA